AUGAGAAACAAACGAUUAUUCUGCAUCUUCUCGAGCGUGCUUUCUGUCGUCAGCGGAGCAUUUUCGAUCGUCGCAAUUUGUUUCUGGAUGGUCCGCUACGUCUUUGACUUUGAGAACACUCAUAAAGAAUUGAAAGCGGAAACUCUAACUGGAACGUUUGGAGUUUGGGGAGCAGACUUUAACGAACAGAAAUUAGAACCUGUUAUCUAUGCUGCUCUUGUUUUCGCGAUUCUAUUGAUAGUCAACGGAGUGCUAAUUUGGUGGAGCUCGAGAACAUAUCUCACUCAAAAGAGCCUUGAAAAGGCCACUGAAAGAAACUACCAAUCAAAUGAAAAUUUCAGAAAUCCUGCUUAUAUUCCCAGCUCUUUUGACAACAACGACUUAUAA